GCCCCACCCACUGGCUGGAAUCGGGAGGCUGGUUGCCUGGGAAGCUGGAGCAUCCCGGGUUCCUUUGUGUCGCCACCAGGGAACAAAAACACGCACGCAGCCGUGCGUGGAGCUCGUGGGCGGACAUGGGACUCAGGUGCGUGGAGGAGACCGGCCGUUCAUCACAAAGUUAGAUGGCUCCGGCUUGAUUAAGCCGUCACAACAGCGCCAUGGCCAAGCAGUACGAUGUGCUCUUCAGGCUCCUGCUCCUCGGAGACUCUGGGGUUGGAAAAACAUGUUUGUUGUGCAGAUUCACGGACAACCAGUUUCACCCAUCUCACAUCUCCACCAUCGGAGUUGACUUCAAAAUGAAGACCCUACUAAUAGAUGGGAUCAAAGUACGGAUACAGAUAUGGGACACAGCGGGCCAGGAGAGGUACCAAACCAUCACCAAGCAGUACUACAGACGAGCACAGGGGAUCUUCCUGGUGUAUGACAUCACGAGCGAGCGAUCCUUUCAGCACAUCAUGAAGUGGGCCAGCGAUGUGGAUGAACUGGCCAAAGCCUAUGGGAUGGACUUCUUUGAGACAAGUGCCUUCACCAACCACAACAUCACAGAGACUUUUACACGACUGGCUGAGCAGGUGRUGGCAGCCAACAAAAAGGACCUGGAUCUUCUCCGGAUGUCUCUGAACGAUGAACUGAACCUGGCAGCUCUGGAGGAGGAGGAGGGACUGAGUGACGGAGCAGCAGGCCAUCAGCACAGAGGCUGCUGGUGUUAAUGAACGGCACCAGCUGUACCUGAACACACCACCAUCAGGCUUGGGGAAAAUGUCUCAUUUGGAUCAGGGUGGAAAUACAGAAGCCCAGUUAGAUUUCAUUUUUAAACCAGUUUUGUGACUUGAAAUUGUAAACUAUUUAUAAUCUAGAUCAAAAUUCAAUCUAAAUUAAUUCUCAAGACACAAAAAAACUGAUACAAAGUGUUUGAUAAAGGUAUAAAUGUGGUUUCUGAGCAUCAAUUAUUUGUGAUUUUUCAGAAAAAUCAUUUUUCCAGAGGUAAGGCAUGACUUGAAAUCGAAUUAUCAACUAACUUAAAGAUAUUCACAUUUUUUAAAGUUACAUUUUCAAGCCUUAUUUGUGAUAAGCAUCAUAAAGUUGGCUUUCUUCCACAUGAACAUUGUGAGAGAUUUACAUCUGGCCUUCAUUGAUGUGUUUGCUGUUUCCCUUAACUGCAGUGGCACCCAGCAGCCAAUGCUUUCAAUGCAGCUUGAACUGUAAAGUACAGAUUGACCACCAGAGGGCGCCAUGUCCGRUGCAAAAGCAGCACUGAGAAAUACCAACUGGUUCUGCUUACUGGCUUUUUCCUUUAAUUAGGAAUGAGUUUUAAGAAGUUACAUUUAAGAGGAAGCAUAGAAUAUCAAAAAUAUGCAACCAUUUAAUUUAUUAUUAUAUUAUUAUAUGCUUUUUUUUUUUAAAAACCUGGACUAGACUGCAGCUUGUAAGUCAUCAGAUGCAAAUAAAUUUAUUGUUCAUCCUUUGUUAAAGAAACAAAAACAUAGUAGUCACUGAAUUAACUUGAAACUGGUUAAAUUAAUAAGAAAAACCAACAAAUUGAUUUUGAUUUUCAACAAAAUCGUUUUAAACAGCAAACUGAUGAAACUAACAUUUGUGAUCUUUCCUUAACAAAAUGAAACAAAUUUAUCUGCACCUGUUGUCCACCUGAGCAGCAGCCAGAAUGAUUUAUUUAUAUAUACAUAAUAUAAAUAAAUAAUGAUUUAGUUUCCCUGUAGCAGAACAGAAAGUCUGUUCUCAUCUUCUGUUUGUUUUAGCAGCAGAAAUAAUGUGGACGUGUGCCGUUAGAAAACACUAAACAUUUUAAGAACCGUCCGUUACGUUGUACAUACCAUAUUUUUCACAGCAUAUUAUAUGAUAUUAAUGCUGAUUUAAUGAACUGUGUUACUACAGGGGAGCAUAAAGAGAGCUGGAAAUAUUUGCUUUGUGAAUCUGACGUCCUCUUCUCGUUGUUUUGUACAGAUCCCAGUUGAAAUGGCACACUUUCCUGUCCUCUUUCAGAAGGAACGACUGACAGUUUUGCAUGUGAUUCCCUCUUUUCUUUUUUAAUACAACUUCAGUGAAGUUAAGAAUCACUUGAUUAUUGUACAAGUUUAGCAUUUGACCAGAGUUGCCUCUCAGUGACACAGAAAGACGGUCGGAGCAGAAAAAGCCGUGUCAGCGUUUUUGCAACUUAGUAUUAAUAAAUGCUAAUGGAACUUGUAACGUGUGAAAUGAUGGUAUGUUGUACUGAAUAAUGUAAGCUAUAGAUGCACUAAGUGUCUUUGUUGUUCUUCAGAUACCUUUUCUUUUCUUGUAAACUACAUUAACUGCAGUUGUUGACGUAUAUUAAACGCAAAAUAUAAAAAGCAA